GGGGUGUGUAACAACUUCCAAUAAGCUUGCCAAGUUACUCUUUUAAGUCCACAAGAUCACUGGACGUGAGUGCAGCAGCCUGCAUCGUUCGCGAGCAUGGAACUCAAGGAAACUGUGUUGACAGCGCUGGGGCGACAUAAACAAGUUGUGCUUUACACUGUCGGAGCGGGUGCAUCUUUGCUUGGUCUGUGGCUCGGAUACAAGUAUGUGGUGCGGAAACCGAAAAAGUUAACGCAAGUUGGCGUCGUCUCACAGUUGCUCCUUCACCCCCUGAAAUCCGGUAAAGCGCUGCAAAUAGCAACAGCCGAAUGUCUGCGCAUGGGUCUAAAAUAUGGAGAGCUCCGAGAUCGACAGUGGCUGGUGGUGACAGAAGACGGCCAAAUGGUGACAGGGCGACAGGAGCCUCGGCUAGUGCUUUUGCAGAUGACCGCUGAGGGCUUGAACAUUUGCCUGAAUGCUCCCGACAUGGAGGAACUAAAGGUUCCCCUGCAUCAGCCCAGCAAUAACAUCAUGGACUGCAGGGUAUUUGGAGCAGAUAUCCAAGGGAGAGACUGUGGAGACGAGGUGUCUGAGUGGCUCACGCGGUACCUGGCAUCGGACAAGACCUUUCGCAUGGUGCACUACGAGCCACAUAUGAAAGCCAGGCAGAGCGCAAAAAUAGCGCGUCCAUUUCCUCCAGAUGAAGAGGUGGCGUACCCUGACGCUGCGCCUGUGAUGCUGCUGUCUGAGGCGUCUGUGCAGGAUCUCAACACCAGACUGGAUAAGGACGUCACGGUUGCUCGUUUCCGCCCCAGCAUCGUCGUUAGCGAUUGUGAGGCCUUCAGUGAGGAUACCUGGCAUGAGAUCCAGAUCGGCAGUGUCCGGAUGAAACGGGUCAUGGCUUGCGGAAGGUGUGUUUUCACCACCGUAGACCCCGAGACUGGAGUCAUCAGCAGAAAGGAGCCGUUGGACACGCUCAAAGGAUAUCGCCAGUGUGAUCCAUCGCUGAAGACACUGCAUAAAACCGCACCUCUGUUUGGACAGUACUACAUUGUGAAACAGACUGGGGUUCUUCAUGUCGGGGAGCCUGUCUACAAGAUCAGCUACUGAGUGGAAUGAUUUUCUAUCAUAUUAGUUGAAGAUGAAGAUUGUGCACAUCAACAGGGCAAAGGCUGACUGUAAUUAUGUCAGCCUUUGUGAGGAGUCUGCACACUUAAAAUCCUUUUUCUUUGUAUUUUUAUUCCAUGGCAGGAUAGGAUGACGUUUUGACGGUUGUCUUCAUCAGAUUCUCUGUCUUGCCAAAUACAAAACGGAUUUUAAGUGUGUGGUUCCUCAUUCUACAAUUUGUACCAUAUUAGACCACUGUUGUUUUUAUCAAGUGGUAAUAACAUUACACUUUGUUCCUAUCUUUCUAAGAAUUCACUGCACACAAAUUACCUGAGGCGUAUAAAGACCAUGCGUCAUUUUGAUAUGAGAUAGCCUACCUUAUGAGAUAGCCUACCUUUAAUUGACAUUCAAUUAUGCUGUGUUUCAAAUAAUGAAUUGGCAUCCUCAAUUUAAUUAAAUGUGUAAAUAUGUUGCUGCCAUGGUAUUCUUUUAACCCUAUCCAGACGGGGCUUUUUUGGCAUUCCUGGGACCAGGGGGGGGCUCAUUUAACCCCCCCCCCCCUCAUAACUUAGGAACCGAAUGGCGUAUGACCACCAAACUUGGAGGGGAUGAUCUUCAGCCAAAGAUCUAUGAAUGACAUCAGUUUGGUGUCAUUAUUGGAUAUUAUGACAUCAUUAUGAUGUCAUUUCCUGACUUUAUUGCCCAAAAUGUCACCUUAAUGCAUUUUCCAUCUAACUUGGGUAAUGCACAUCAAUUUUGGUUAUUAUGUGCUUCAGACCACUUCAAAUGUUCACAAGGGUGUCUGAUGCUAAUGAAAAUGUAAAAAAAUAUGAAAAGUGAUGAUGAUGAGACUUAGAUCAGUGAUUUUUGGACAGGCGUACCUGUCAGAAAACCGUUGCCAUGGCAACAACAAAAAUGAUAAACCUUAUCUUUUGGUAUCACACUGUAGCCAACUUCAUGUUAGGAAAAGUCACAAAGUUUCGUAGUCCUAGCUUUAGUCAUUCAGGAGUUAUACGACAUCAAAGUUGGUGCGGGCACUUUUAGCCCCCCCCCCCCGGUCUGGAUAGGGUUAAGGCUCUUUUGUGCCUCUGUGUGUUUUGUUUGUUUUGUCUUUGGAUCAGAACAAUAGCAAGCUACCUUCACCUUCACCUUCACAUGAAUGAAAACUUCGUGGUAUGUGCAUAGAUUCUCCUCUUGGGGGCAGUAACAUAUUUGUCUAUAUCGUGUAGGACCCCACACAGAUCAGUGUGCUCUGACGUACGUAUUACUCACCUCAUUAUGCGCUUUAGUCUAUGAUUUAGUCUGUAUUGACUUAAUCUUUAUGUAAACAAAUACAGUAAAUGCAAAGGGAUAGAUUUGGUGGAAAAGUGUUUUGUAACAGACUUUCAAACUGUCUAUAAACAUUUAACACUUCUUUUGAGUUGGUUAUUGUAAAGUAUUUCAUAUCCUUAAACUUUUUGACAAGGAGUUUUGACUCAAAAUUGGCAACAACAAAAACAGUUAUAGAACAGUAUGAUUACAGUAGCACCACAGCAGAAAGGUUUGUCAUUUCAGUUUUAUGAAGAAAAAAAAGACAUACAAUAGCCUACUAACGACUCAAAGCGAAGACCGUUUACAAAUGCCUAAAAUGUCAGACCUUAGUGACACCCUUGGAAUGUGGGCAUUUUAGGUAGCGUGGCUUUCUGCAGAAUUAAAUAAAAGUGUCAUAAAUCAUUGUGCCAAUAAAAUAUGCCAACAGUCUAUGUAAUGUACCAAUGAAGUAGGCCAACAUUACAACACCUUAGCACAGAAUCCAUGUUAUAACCUUACUGUCACCAAAAUUGUAAUGGCUAUGUCUUAAUCUGUGUGCUGUGUAAUAUUUUUAGUAGUUAAUUUCCAGAAUUCACACUGUCCAUUCACAAAUGUUCCCUAUUUUAACAAAGGAGUGACUCUACGUUUUCGAUUGCACUUAUGGCAAACUCAAAAUGUCAAUUAUCAGUAUUUUUUCUCAAAUAAAUGACCUAGAUGUUUC